UGCUCAGUUCAUCAGCCGUGCAUGUUUGUAUGUGCACUUCAGAUUUGGUCAAAACGCUCAUUGUAGGAAUUUAAAGGCCCAGCUAUUAUCUGUAUUUAGAAUUAAUAGCAGUUUUUGCUUCUGCGCGACUGGGGUAAAUUACACGUUGCUUCUUGGUGCUGUGUGAAGGUGACCGUAAGUGGGCUGUGCAUGUAUGGCUGAUGGACAGGCGUCUGAACCAGUCACAGGACAAUGCUGGCACGAAGCCGUUUCAUGCUGGUGCUGAUGGUGGGUGCCCUGCUGGCGGUGCUGAGUUUCAGCCUGCAGUAUUUGCACCUCAUUCCAACCAAUCCCGUGGCAGAGCAAAGGUCACUUGGUAAAAGCAGAAAGCGUGUGAAUCCAGUCCUCCACACGGAUGCUCCCGCUCCAGACCCCAUCCGAGACACUCACAAGUACUGCAAUUACCCCAACCUCACCGAGCACGGCUGGGAGGGUCACAGUCCGGCUGACUACAGGCUGCUGUCGGUACAUGUGAUGAUUCGGCAUGGAGACCGUUUCCCUCUGUACUCCAUCCCCAAAACCAAGAAACCCGCCAUAGACUGUUUACUAUCGGAAAAGAGAAAUCCCUCUCACCCCCUCUUGGCCUCCUUCAUUAGUCACAUGGCUCUCAGUGGGCGUGGUCACUGGGACACAUCACUGGUAUCUCUGCCCAGAUUACCCAAUCACAGCACCUGUGAAAUGGGAGAGCUCACACAGACAGGAGUCGUACAGCACUUGAAAAACGGCGAUCAUCUUCACCAGGCUUACAUCAAGCGUCACAAUCUGCUCACUGCUGAUUGGUCGCCACAGCAGUUGUGGGUGGAGACUACAGGUAAGAGCCGCACCCUUCAGAGUGGAUUGGCCUUCCUCUUUGGGUUUCUGCCUCAUUUCGAUUGGUCACGGCUGACGGUAAGACAGCAGUGGAGUACGCUGUUCUGCGGUUCCUCGUGCGACUGUCCCGCACGCAACCGGUACCUGGAGCAGGAGCAGCGCAGGCAGUAUCGGCAGAGGACUGCAGACACCGAACUGGAACACACAUAUGUCACAAUGGCGAAGACGUUGGGCGUGGCCACAAAGACUCUAAGGGCGGCCAAUCCGGUGGAUGCAUUGUUGUGUCACUUUUGUCAUGGUCUUUCUUUUCCAUGCUCUAGCACACAAACUACAUCAAACGCUCCGGAUGAGGAGGCGUGUCUUAAAAUACAGCAAUUUGCUGUGAUUCGACGGCAGCAGAAAAAUGAUGAACUGGAGCGGCGGGAGGCGGGGAUUUACCGCCAGUAUGCUGUUCUUGCGGCACAUCCGUACCUAAACCGUACUGCAACACGGAUGGAGAGGAUUGCCAGGGGAAGCCAAACGCGGAAAGGCAAGGACGAGGCGGUCUUCGCUUUAGCAUCUGCUCAUGACGUAACAAUGGCACCGCUGCUAAGCGCACUUGAUCUGGAAGGGGCGGGGUUUCCAAAGUUUGCAGCACGGCUGGCGUUUGAGCUGUGGAAGAGCCCGGAAGUGAAAGACAAAGACAGAAAGAGUGAUAGAAAAGAAGGAAAGUGGUUGGAAAAUAUGUUCAUUCGUGUUCUCUAUAACGGAGAGGAUUUGACCUUUGACACAGCUUUCUGCCGUGACCACAAUCGACACUCUGCUCAGCCGCUGUGCCCUCUGGGUAAUUUCCUGUCUUUUGUGAGAAAGGAUAUGUUUAAUAUUGUCAAUGCGACGAGUUACCAUCAGGCCUGCCACCAAACUGUACUGUAAAUGUGAACGACUGACAGAGAGCAAACGUGAAGCAAGAAUGAGGAACAAGUAUAGUUUACCCAAAUAUUCUGUACAGCUCGGUCAUUAUUUAGUCCCUUCAUGUCAUUCCAAACCCAUAUGACUUUUCAAGGAGUGCACCUGAAUACAUUGUGAUGAAUAUUCAAUGAAUGCAAGACUUAAAAAGCUUCCUAAAAGUCCAUACGACUUCCGCACUAUAUCUUGAAUUGUGCUGAUCGAGAGCAGCAAAUCUCUUCUUUUGUGUCCCGCUGAAGAAAGAAAAUCUGGUUUGGAAUGACAUGAAGGUUAAAAAAAUUAUUCUUUUUCGGGUGAACUGUUCCUUUAAGACUGAGCUCUACUAAUGUUACUGAUGUAGUGUUAAGUUUGUGGACCAAAUAAUUAUCUCUGCACAACAUUGUUUUUUGGUACACUUUACUAAUCCCGCUGACAAAAUUUGAAGUGGUUUACAGUAAUCAUUUUAAACCGUGGGCUGGGACUGAAUAUCUGAUUGAUGUUGUGGCGUGAUGUCAAGGACCCUUCAAGAGCUCCUGAAUCCAGACAAACACAGAAACGGUCAAUUGUUGCCUUGAUCUAGGAAUUAUGACAAUCCCAGUGGGUUUGCUAAAUAUAAAAAAAGAGUUUGAACUGUCAUUUUUAGACCACAUUUCUUAAACACUUGUAUUAGAUUUAGGGCACUACGCCACUUUAUUGCAGAGUACCCUCAGUGAUCGGGAAUCUGAUGUUAUUACAAUUUCACAUCUCUUCCAGUGGUAAGUUCUCACUUGAAUAGUAUUAGCAGAUUUUAUAGCACAAUCAUGUUUUCCUGACACAUUCCUCACACAUUUGUGCUUUUUCCCCCUUUGUUGACAUAUAAUGUCAAGUUUAAAACAGAGUGGUAGUAUUUUUUUGAGUACUGUAAAACUAAUUGUAUCAUGAAUGGUGUUCUUGUGAUCAGUCUGUACUGCCACAUUCCAAACCUCCAAGAACAUUUUUCAAUAAAAGAAUCAUUUUGUAGAA